UUCGAACUUUCAUCAGCAUUAUAAAGUUUGCUUGUUGUGAUGGCAAUUUCUGUACGAGAAGUCUCCGAUGAUGACAUCCCGCGUGCCUGUGAGAUUGAACUCCUGGCUUACAAAGGCGGCUCUCUCAGCCCAAUUCUUGCUCCCGGUCCGUUCCCCCCAGAUUCAUGGCAGCAAAGAAUCGAGCAGGUUACCACCAUGAGGAAAGAAGAUCCGACAACAGUAUAUUUGCAGGCGUUUGAUGGAGACACGGGCAAGAUGGUCGCUUUCGCUAAAUGGCACGUCUUCGAGUCUUCCGAGGCUGCAGCGAAAUCAUCCAGACCACUGAGUUUCGGGGCGGGAAGAAAUAAGGAGGCUUGUCAGUUGUUCUUUGGUGGUAUGGCAAAGCGAAAAAAGGAGAUUAUGGGGGAUAAGCCGCAUCUUUACCUCCAUAUGUUGCAUACCGACCCAGAAUUUCAAGGCCGGGGGGCAGGGGGUAUGCUCGUGGACUGGGGCUCAAAAAAAGCGGACGAGCUCGGUCUUCCUGUGUAUCUUGAGUCUAGCAUUAAGGGACAUCGAUUUUACCAGAAGCACGGAUUCGAAGAUGUUGAUAUUUUCAAGGUCGACUUUAGCAAGUUCGGAGGACCACUACACGAACAGCCUUUGAUGGUACGAAAGCCUUUGAAACUGUCAUGAGCUGGGAAAAAGCAGCUUUGCGCCACACCAAUGUCCUAGCAAACUUGUCUACGACUAUUAGAGCAAUGCAGACGAACCUUUUUAAUCAGAAAGAUGACUUCAUACUACGUUUCAAUGUUACACCUUCCGUCGAGAGGAACUUCUAUAGAUUUUCAGAUUACAACGUUCGUUAUGAAAGGUAUCCUCCGCCAC